UACAAAAUGAUCUGAGGUAUAAAAAAAUACUAAAGGGUACACGAUUUUUACAGACAUAUACACGUGCCUGAUAACAUCCCAUCACUGAUCCUGGAAGCAUUGCAAUCGAGAAUCGAAGUUAAAGUAAUUGCACAAAUCACAGAAGUAGGAAUAAAGGAAAUUGUUAAAAAAUGACCGACCUCAAGUUAACGGUUGCCCUAACCAGCGUUAAUGGGGAGAAUAUGUCCAGGCACGAAAUGCUCCAGUGGGUGAACAACAUGGUCCAGGGUCACUUCAAGAAGAUCGAGGAGCUCUGUUCUGGUGCUGCCUACUGCCAGAUGAUGGAGAUGAUUUUCCCCAACUGCAUCAACCUGAAGCGCGUAAAGAUGACCGCCAAACUUGAGCACGAGUAUCUCCACAAUCUGAAGCUCUUCCAAGAAGCUUUCAAUCGCUUGAAGUUAGACAAAACUGUACCGAUCGAUCGUCUAAUCAAAGGACGCUUUCAGGAUAAUUUUGAGUUUUUGCAGUGGUUCAAGAAGUUCUUUGACUCACAAGCACCAGACUUGGAAAACAUUAAGGCAUUGGCCAAUGCGCCGGUGAUUAAACCCAUUAAGCCUCGUGUUUUAGCCAAAGAUCAAUCGCCAGUCAACGCCAAUGAUGAUGCUCUAAAGGAUCUUAUAGGUGAAAUGCAGACCCUUAACUUGAGGAGAGAUGAUAUCAUGGAGGCCAGUAAUCAGUGCUACAACAAGUUGCGCAUAGUCGAGGAUCUGGUAAACGACAUGGUCAACAGCAACCAGCAUGUGGAGCUAUGUAAACGCAUCCAGGCGGUGCUUUACAAAACGAUAGAUGGUGAGAUCAACGAGGAACCCAUUGGAGUUAAUGAUGAUCCAAAUGAAGGAUUAUAUUAGGUUUUUUUUGCUGUAAUAUUGUUUUUUAUAAUUAUUGUAUUUUGUAUAAAAAUUCUCUGUAUAUUCA